AUGUAUGCACUGGAAAUUCUGAAAAGAUUUGGGAUGCUGGAAAGCAAUGAGGUGAAUAGUUCGAUUGUUCCGGGCUUUAAGAUUAGUAAAGAUGAAGAUGGAAUCGCUGUGGAUGAGACGUACUUCAAGCAAUUGGUGGGAAGCUUGAUGUACGUUACUGCCACGAGACCAGACAUGAUGUUUGUCACCAACCUCAUAAGCAGGUGCAUGGCAAAACCAACUGAGCUUCAUCUACAAGCUGCGAAGAGAGCUCUUCGAUAUCUAAAGGGGACUGUGAAUUAUGGAAUUCAUUACAAGAGAGAUGGAGAUGGUAAAUUGCUUGCUUUCACGGAUAGUGAUUAUGCUGGAGAUAUGGAAGAUAGGAAGAGUACAAGUGGCUAUGUGUUCUUGCUGAGUUCUGGUGUUGUGUCAUGGAGUUUGAAAAAACAGCCAAUUGUUACACUAUCUACUACGGAAGCAGAGUUUGUAGCAGCUGCAGUGUGUGCGUGUCAAGCAAUUUGGAUGAAAAUAGUAUUGAAGGAGCUCGGGCAUAAUGAUGAAGUCUGUACUCAUAUCAAGUGUGAUAAUAGCUCAACCAUUAAGCUUUCAAAGAAUCUUGUGAUGCAUGGUCACAGCAAACAUAUCGAUGUAAGGUACCACUUCUCGAGGAAUCUUACAAAGGAGGGUUCGAUGGCUUUGGUUCAUUGUGGGAGUGUUGAUCAUGUGGCAGAUGUAAUGACCAAACCACUGAAGGUUGAUGCGUUUUAG